CUAAGAGUUUGUAAUGCCAACCUAAAAAAACAAAAUGUUGUUCUUCUCCGCCUCUUGUUCUUAUUUUUCCAAAUUGAAAGGUUUUCAAAGCGUGUAGCCUUUCGAGAAUUCUUUGACGUGAUCUAUUUGAAUUCCUUGUAGAGAGUUUCAAUCAUGACAAGCGAUAUCUGCUUAGAAGAAAUCCGUGUUUCAAGCCAAGAAGAUAUCGAUAAUCUGAACUGCUCCUGCGGCGAUGAUAGUGGUCCUUAUAUUUACAUCACUAAUUUCACCGACAAGCUUGAUUUCCCACAUUGUUUAGCGGCAGAACUUAUCAGUAUAUAUGAUAGUCCUAGGUUGAAAGAAAUAAGCUUCCCCGACCUGGAUCGUCUACCACUACCACACCUCUUAAUACGGGAUGCUACGGAGCUCAAAAAUGUUUCAUUACCACACCUAAAUUCAGACUUUCAAGACCAUCCUGGUCUCUCCUUGGAUUUUCUCGGUAUACCAAAAUUGAAAAACAUCACCUUCGGAAACAUUACCAAUCUAGCAGGAGUCAAUCUAACCAACUCGGUGUUAGAUGAGUAUACAUUCUUCAAUAUAACCUCAGUUGAUAAUCUAAUAGUUGAGGGUAUCUACGACUUCGAAAACCUCAGAUCCGUGGAGACUUUACAACUUAUAGGGCGUUAUUAUAACCCGAGAGCGUUCUUGAAUGUAACAUCGCUCCAAAACCUAACAUUUACCAACACUAUAGAUAGCACGCCUUAUUUUGUCGAUAAUGCUAAUACUACCUUACCUUGGUUUCCUCGGCUGCAAAGAGCUAACAAUAUUCACAUCCGAGGAUAUAUCGAUACUUCUCCCGGACCCAAUAUCUUCCCAGCUUUGACAGCAGUGUCGGGAAAUGUCACCAUAGAAGCAUGGAACGACGACUUCAACUGUUCAAAGCUGGUAGACCAAUAUCAAAACGGUCUUAUUCAUAACUUGGCAUGCAAUGGGACUAACAACGUAACUGGACCCAACAUGGAAAGCUCUCCACAAAAUGCCUCAUCAGAGUUGUCUCAAGGAGCAUGGGCUGGUAUCGGAACAGGCAUAGGGAUAUUUGUCAUAUGUACCGUUCUCGGCAUGAUAUGGCUUCUUCUACGCCUCAGACGUUGGAGAGAGGAGCUUAUGGGAAGAAUAAGGCAACAGGAGGUCCAGCAAGACUAUCGUCGAGAUAGCCUAGAAAUGGAGCACGAACCACCAAAUCUAAACAUCCUAUUCGAGAGUGAUGGCACGGGAAUCAUACGAGAAAAGCCGGACGACCACCUCCGCGAAGCCGGUGGUGAAGUAGUCAUUGCUGAGCAGCCAGAUGAUCAUAUACGCGAACUACCAGUGCCACCGGCAGAGCUGGAAGGGGCACCAGGCAUGGAGAUAAGGAUAUGAAAGAUGGGAGUAAGGAGUAAUAGGGGAAUUCAUCAUGGGCAGGAAUUCUACUAAGAAUACACGGCACGAAAGUAUGGGCGGUUUACUUCCAGUUUCUUAGUAGGCGUAUAGGUUAGGUUUUCGGCUCAC